AUGGCUUCUCGAGCACCACUUCCUUCCAUGAACCCAUGGGAGGCUCAAGCCCUGACAUACUCAUUCCCUGAAGGAGGCGUGGCAGAUCGAUCUGGUCUCACACCCAAAGCGUCGUUCAAUAGGCGGCCUGACCCUCUCAUCUUCCCUGGACUAUACUGUUCUAGCGGAUUCGACAUAAUCAGCAUUCUCUUACAACUUCGUGGUCGGCCUGAUCCCGACAUUGACCUCGGUGCUGUCGACUGCUCAGUAUCUCUUACUCUGUGCGACCUCGAACAACCCGACACGCCCAUUGUCUAUGCAUCGCCAUCAUUCUGCGAGAUGACCGGCUACUCAAUGAACGAAGUUCUGGGCCGCAAUUGCCGCUUUUUGCAGUCCUCACCAACUGCCUCAUCAUGUGUUGUCGACAAGGCUGCCAUCAAGCGCAUGUCACAAGCCGUCCGCGGCAAUCAGGAAAUCCAACUCGGAGUGCGCAACUACAAGAAAAACGGGCAACCCUUCACCAACAUGCUCUCCAUCAUUCCUCUCACAUUGGGAGCCGAUGGGCAUCGUUACGCCGUCGGUCUCCAGUGCGAGAUGUGA